AAGAAGAACGGAGAAGAAAACUAAAAUAUCACUAAAGAAAAACAAACAUAUAAAGGAAAUACAAGGAACAGGAACCGUCAAACAUCAUUGAAAAUGUCUGCUCCUUUGGAGAACCUUGAGACCCAGUUGGAGAUGUUCAUCGAGAAUGUGCGCCAGAUCCGCAUCAUUGUCAGCGAUUUUCAGCCACAGGGUCAGAACGUUCUCAACCAAAAGAUCAACAGCUUGGUAACCGGCCUCCAGGAAAUCGACAAGCUCCGUUCCCAAGUGCAGGACGUCUAUGUGCCUUUUGAAGUGUUCUUCGACUACAUCGACCAGGAUAAGAAUCCCCAGCUGUACACCAAGGAUUGCGUGGAGAAGGCCCUGGCCAAAAACGAGGAGGUCAAGGGCAAGAUCGAGAGCCUCAAGAAGUUCAAGUCAAACCUGCUGCUGGAAUUGUACAAAACCUUUCCCAACGAGAUGAAUAGCUAUCGCGCUUACCGCAAAGACUCCAUGUAACUCAAGGAUAUGCCACCUGAAUCCUAGUUUAUAAGCCAGAUCCUGGAAUAAAUUUAUACUUAUGUACAUUAAACUGGAAUUAACUAA